GUGUCAGGUCGAGAGGUGGGACCUAAAAUGGCAGCGCACAUACUUGGGGCAGCGUGCCGACAUGCUAAAAUGUUUUGGGCUAGUUAAUGUUACACAGGGUAAACUAAGCAGCUGUCUGUCGUUUGUAUCAUCUUCUGUGAGGUGUUGCCCAGCCCGGUAGAUGUCAUGACUUUCGUCGGGAGGAUUAUAUCCGUUUAUAUGGUUAGAGCAAUAAGUAACUCAGCAUCUUAGCUAACGUUAGCUAGCUAACAGCUAAUUUGGCCGGGAUUUGAAGGAAGGUGUCGUUUUUUUGACCUUGUGGCUCAAAAAUAGUUCCUCAUGUCGUUACUAAAAUUUAUUAAUAAAUUUGUUGGGGACGGGAAAGUGUAGGGAAAACCUAUAAAGUGAAGUCAGGCAAGUUUUAACUGAGUGACUCUUGCCAUUACCUGGUCUCCAUCUCUGACAUUGACCAAGUUGUUGGCAGCUGUGUCACCACUUAGUCCCUGACACAGCUCCUUCAGUGUGUUUUAUGUUCAUCAGGACACCAUGACAGCCUGGGUGACAGAGGAGGUCAUGAGGUUUGCCCUGCGAUUCUGCAGCCGCAGAUCACUAUGGCAACAGCGACAUCGCCCCAUAAUAUCAGUCAGGGACGCUUCUUCCAGUGAUAAGUGGUUGCCACACAUCUGGAGCACUAGACAGAGUCAGACCCCCCUGGCUGGGAAUGUCCUCAGUUCGGUGAGAUAUUACUCUCAGGGUUUUAGUCCCAAUGAGAGGCUGGAAGAGAAGUCCACUCGGCCGUCACCGUCCUCGUCCCCCAGUGAGAGCCAGCCCACAGAUUCUGUUUUGGUCAAGACACGAAAGGCGAACCCUUUCUUUGCCAAGCUGGAGGAGUGUCGCUCCCCCAUGGAUGUGUUGGACUUGACCUGCCAGUGCGAGGUCACGAACCGUCACAUCAGCAACUGCCUGUCGCACAUGUGGACCACCACCAAGAAGCUGUCCGAGGAGCAGCGGCGCUACGAGCUACAGCUGGUGUUCGAGCACCCCGGCUUUGAGAAGCUGCUGCAAAAGGCCAUGAAGGCGGCAAGGCACAUGCAGCAUGAAGACCUGGCCUACUGUCUCCUGGCCGUCAUCAAGCUGGGUGUGCCCCAGCGCAGCCGUGUGGUCCAGACCUUCCUGCGAGCCUGCCAGGAGAAUCUGAAUGAGUUUGACGAGAAGUGUCUGUCCAUCCUCGCCUCCUGUCUGGAACACAUGGAGAGCAGCCCCAAUGUCGAUGCACUUAAGGAGGGCAUGAGGCUGGUAGUUGAGAAUCAUCUUCCCAGGAUCAAGGAUGUAAUGCCUCUGCAGACGAUGAUGCGCAUCGUGGGGAAAGACGCCCCACUGGCCCUCAAGAAGAAACUCGAGAAAAAAGCUUUAUCGAUGACAGACCAGUUCAGCCUCCCCAACUCCCAGUACAUGAUCACCACUAUGGCCGCCAUGGGCUUCCAUUCCAGGCUGCUGCUGGACGUCUGCAGUGAGAAGAUCACCGAGAAUAUCAAUGGAAUCCCCUUCAACAGAAUAUUUAAAGUCCUGAAGGCCUGCCGGGAGCUGCACUACAGAGACUUGGGUCUGCUCACGGGCAUCUCAGACUACAUCGCCACUACGCUGGAUAUAUGGCGCACCAAACAGGUGGUCCUCCUCCUGUCUGCGUUCAAGGAUCUGGCCUUCUGUCCCGCCGCCUUAAUGGAGGCCUUUGCAGAGAGGCUGAUCGCGAACCCAGACGCUCUAACGCUCAAAGACACGCUGUGUGUCAUCAAGGCAUACUCCUCGCUCAACUACGACCUGCGUGAGCACAGACAGCAGUUCCUGGACAGCGUCAGCCGCGUUCUGGACUCGUACCUGUCCAGGAUGUCCCCUCCUGAGGUGCUGAAGGUGGUUUACUGUCUGUGUGUGCUGGUCCACUUCCCCCCUGCCCUGCUGGAGCACCUCCUGCAGAGCAGCACACUGGAGCAGCUCAGCACUACCACAGGACACAAAUUCAUCCUCGGCCAGGAGAGAAAGUUUCAGACAGUGGACUUGUGUCUCCGUCUGGACCGCCCGCCCCUCCCUCGGCCCCUGACUGUCCCUCCAUCUGUCCUGGGAAGCCCCGCCCUGGGCAGCCCGUCCAGCAGCCCUGAACUCUCGCGGGCCCUGCAGGGUGCCGUGGGCGACGGAGCUGACUGGUUGCUGCAGGAAUCAGUGAUGGUGGAGAACGCAUACUUCAUAGAUGGUGUUGUAAGCAAACCCCCGGUGCUGACUGAAAGGGAGAGCAGAGAGGAGUCGGGAGUUGAAUCUCCUCCAGCAGAGAGCAGUCAAAGAAUUGCCGUCAUUUGCACACCCAGUUCUGCCUUGUGCUACGGUACGUCCCGUCCCCGGGGUCCCCUGGCUGUCAAGAUUCGCCACCUGCGGGUCCUGGGAUACACCCCCGUCCUGGUAACAGCGCAGGAGCUGGAGUCUGCGAGCGAGGAGGACAGGGCGGAGAUGCUCAGGAGUCGUAUCUUUCCAGAAGACCGGGGAUCCGACUCGGAGCUUAAAGCACAGUGACUGACUGGGACCCCGAGGAGGGCUCAGAGGCUGAAACUGGUUCAACAGUGUCAGCCUGUGCAGCGAUCAUUAACACAGACUGUCCCAUAUGUUGAUAUCCUCAUAACUCAUCCUUGAAAUCAUUGCAAAAGAAAGGUGCGGUCAUUAAACAGGGUCGUGUUCCUGUGUGUGUAAUGCUACUGCUGUUCCUUUGUCUGUAUGUACCUGAACGUGCACUGAUGUCCUGACAACAUUUCAAAACUGAAUGGAAGUUUGUGGAGGCCUUUCCAUGUGCGGAAGUAUCCAGACUGAUACUUGUGACCAUAAAUGAGUAUCUAGUCAAAAUAAAGCUAUUUAAAUUCGAAUU